GCCCAGGAUACAUCCUUUCUCUGUUCGUGAUCUGGUGGUAGUUUUGAUUAACUGGGCUGCAGCAAUAAUUUUAGCCCAAGCCCAAUUCUCGAACAUGUGGUCCCUCCGUCGGCCCCAAAAGCCGCCCGCUAAGAUGCCUCCCCGCUCUCACCAAACAGUAACAGAGAGAGGUCAGAGGCGGCGUGAGGGGGGAGAGAGAGAUACAGAAUCCAAAUUCGCCUUGCCUUGGCUUGGCUUGGCUGCUCCUUCUGUUCGCAAGUCGCAACUUCGUAUGUUGAUGUAUGUAGCCCAAAAAUUGGUCUCUAUCAACUCCAGAAGGGGCAAACCGAAAAAAGGCCACUCCUUUCCCUCCCUUCUUCCUUCCUCCUUUCUUUCAACAUAAAAUCAUCACUCACUGAUUUCGAUUCAGCAAAUUUCUCCCAACUCAUGGCCGCCGUCUACAGGCUCCCCUCCCUCUCUCCUCUUCCUCCUUCUUCCUCCGACUGCACUAGCUAUUAUCAUUCAGUCCGCACAAACCCAAACACCCUCUGCUGUCUCCGCGCCGCCUCCCCUUUCACCGAAAAGCACUCCCUCCAGCAGUACCGCCGUGACAACUGGCUCUAUAAGGAGCACCUUCCGCCUUUCUCUUCUUCUUCUUCUAUUCCUCCUCCUCCUCCUCCCCCAUUUCGUGAAGGUGAUGAUGAAGAUUCCAUCAGGCAAAACGACAUCGCAUUGCAGCUCCCGGAGCUCAAGAAGCUGCUUCAAGUCCUCAGGGAAAAGAGACUACUAACGCAACAACAUUCUUCUCCCGACGGCGAUUCUCAGAAACCCUGCUGCGGAAGUGUCUUCUUGGUCGGCACUGGCCCUGGUGACCCCGACCUCUUGACAAUCAAAGCUCUGCGAGCGAUUCAGAAGGCUGAUCUCUUGCUUUAUGAUCGGUUGGUCUCUAAUGACGUUCUCGAUUUGGUUGGUCCCGAUGCUCGAUUGCUCUACGUCGGCAAGACUGCUGGCUACCACAGUAGAACCCAGGAGGAGAUACACGAGCUGCUUCUGAGUUUUGCUGAAGCAGGGGCCACAGUAGUCCGGCUCAAAGGAGGGGAUCCUCUGGUGUUUGGUAGAGGUGGAGAGGAGAUGGAUUUUCUACAACAGCAAGGCAUUCAUGUUAAAGUUAUUCCAGGCAUAACAGCAGCUUCAGGAAUUGCAGCAGAAUUGGGAAUCCCAUUAACUCACCGAGGGGUUGCCAAUAGCGUAAGGUUUCUAACCGGUCAUUCAAGGAAAGGAGGCACCGAUCCACUGUUUGUUGCAGAGAAUGCUGCUGACCCUGAUUCAACCCUGGUGGUUUACAUGGGCUUGGCCACUCUCCCUUCUCUUGCUACAAAAUUGAUCCAUCAUGGCUUGCCGGAAGACACACCGGCUGCUGCAGUCGAGAGAGGAACCACACCACAACAGCGCAUUGUUUUCGCGGAACUGAAGGAUCUUGCUGAUAAGAUUUCAGAAGCCGAGUUAGUUUCUCCUUCACUGAUCAUAAUAGGGAAGGUUGUUGAACUUUCACCACUAUGGCCAUGUUCUUCUGAUGAAUCAGUUGCUUUGGCUGGUGUCAUUUAGCCACUGGCAUUGGACAGAGGAGACUUCCAAUCCAAUAUUCAAUUUGACAGAUUAGUAAGAGUUUUGGUUAUUCCUCUUGAAGCCAGCAGCCCACGUUUCUGAACGACCCGGCUGAACCAGAAGUAGCACACUGUUGAAUGGUAACAUGGGAGGCUGCCUUCACCUUUUGAUUGGUAAUUGAAGUCGCAACAAUAUUUUCACUAAUAUCUGUAGAAAAUUCAUCACUGCUUUUAAGCGGUAUGCAAGAAAAUAGGUAGCAUCAUUAUUUGAUCACCAGCGGGGUGUGUUGUGUAUCAGUAUAAGCCUCUUUUAUCAUUCUGAAUAGAGUGGAAGUUAACAGUAAUGUAAUGGCGGUGCAAUUUUCUUUUGGGUAAUUGAUGCUCUUAUUUCUUCUUUUUUUGGUGAGCAGGCUCUUAUUUCUCUUUUCAUUCUUUUCCCACUUCCUGCAUAAUUUUAUGUUUCUUCCAUUGUUUUCCUUCAUCGAGCAGCAGUGAUGUAAUGUAACCUAUCAGACAGCUGAAACUCAGCAGAAACCCUCUUGAGGUCAUGCAAAAACCAGAUUACUUGUUGAAUGGUAACUGCUAGGACAGUGCAGCACGAUACUCGUUCAAGUGAUUUAACUAUUCGAUUCAUAUACAUGUGUUGUCCUGUGGCACCUUUACUUGCGUACAAAAGAAUGAACUUUAGAAGUAGCAACCCUUCCAUCCUAGAAAAUGAAGGUAAAGUAGUAAACUAUAAAAGGCCUAGAAACUAAUAAAGAAUUAAAAAAAUGACAUCCACCGUAUAACCUGACUUCCUUCCACCAGUUUGUGUAUUCCUCAUUUACAAUGUGGCAGCAAACCUUUCAGUGUCUUGUCUGUGUAUUUCUGCUGAAAAGGAGUGCCGCUGCUGCAACUGGCUGCUCAUUAGCAAUCCAAUCAGGCGAUGAGCUGAGAUUUAGCUCUGCACUAACUCUGAAUGUCUACUAAUCACACUGUGGAGUGUGAAGAAGUAUGAUUGCACAUGCAUUCAGGAAUCGGGUACUUGGUGACGUCCCUUCCAGCUUUGCUACUUCUGAGCUCCGGCUGCCCUAACGACUCGCUGUGCAACUCCUUGAUGAUCCUAUUGAACUCGGCCUCGGGAAGCGAAUCAUCCAGGAAAUAAGGCAGCAUGUGUCUCUUGUUGGGAGUUAUAUACUUCUUGUGGCCUGCAUAAGCUCGGUGUCCCUGGAUUGCGUGGCCCAUGUUCCCACCAUGAGAAGGCAUGAACACGUCGCUUCUCUCCGCCACAAUGACGUCAAUGGCAGCCAUGAAGGACGCUUUCUUCUCAUAUGGUUCAAGCUCCCCGGGCAAGGCCAGAUCAUGCUUGUUGAACAAGUAUGGGAAUUCCUUAGUUAUGGGGUCCAAAGCUUCGAGUCCUCCUAGUGGGUCCCCUCCAGCCCAGAAUAUUCUUGCACCCUUUGGUGCUCCCAGUGCCUUGAGCAGCCUGGCCACCUCCAUGGCGUUCAGAGGGCACAAUCCGGCGAGCUUCCUUUCGUGGGAAGUCAUGUUGGACCGGGCAGUGAGUAGCUCAGGUCUUCGUGUUCUCUCGCUGGAGAUCAUCUCGUCGUACUCUGGGCUCAAACCAGGUAGGCAACCGGUCCGAACCCAUACGUCCUUCUCCAUCCGGAGAUGGAGUGCAAUGUACGGACCUUUGCUCGACAUUCUGUCUGCCAUCUUGUUGCCAAGUCCCAUAAUGGUUGGAGCGAACCUCAAGGCAUGGAAUGCUACCUUGCAUCGUAGUUUCUGAAGAUCGGAAGGAAGAUCCUUGGAAAGCCUCGAGUCCAAACCACGUAGAAGCAAAACCCCUUCUCUGUUGAGCUGCCAAAAAUGGGGAGUGGUAACAGUAAGCAUCUAAAUAUGCUAGUAGUAUUUGAUUGUUCUAAAGCCAAUUCAUGAAACACGCAAUUCAAUGUCAUUGGAAGAAUGCAGGGGGUGGUUUGACACUUUGACUUAUUAGGGAUAUUCGAAAAGGACUACAAGUUUGGCGUGUUUGGCCGGUAUUCUACCGUAGAACAACUUUGCAAAUUACAAUUCAAUUCUGUUUUGCCAACAUAUAAAUGAGGGAGCGGGGCCACAAGUAACAGCAGCUUGCAAGAGGCCAGCUGGAGAUGAGCAUUGUUGCGUCAAGUUGGGGGCAAGUUCAAAACCAGAACGCAAAGCAACCCUCUUGACUUGACUCUUGAGAGAGAGAGAGAGAGAGAGAGAGAGAGAGAGAGAGAGAGAGAGAGUGUAGGAACUAGGAAGGGGAAAGUGAAAUGAGAGAGCAGGAGCAGCAUACCCGCUUGAGAUAACGGGAGCGGAUCCAUUGAGGAGAGGCGUGCAGAGGAGUCCGUUUCUCCUCGACUGGCCUGGUCAUUAUGUGGGUCGAAGGCAGAGAAGAAACUACCCUGACGUCAUUCGCCAGAACCGCCUUGAAGUGCUCCAAAUCGAAUAUGUCCGAGAACUCACUUUCGUCUCCCCAAAUGACAUUGACUUGCAAGAUGGGAACCACCAAAGUAGCCCCAAGAAUCCUGGCGAUGACGACGGCGUCCACAAUCUGAUUCCUCUGCUGAUUCAUUCCUCCAGCGACCACCACAAGCAGAUACUUCUUGCUCCGCUCUUUCAACAUCGAUUCGGUGGCUCUCUGGUAUUCUCUGGUCAACCCCAAACAUGGCCUGUACCCCAACCCAUCCGGCUGCUCCCAGAAGGACGAUGAUUGGGAUACAUUAUUACUGCUACUGCUGCUGCUAAUACUAACACUAACUCCCUCGCCACUAAUUAUGUUCUCUGAUCCAAACCCAAUCUGCUGCUGCUGUUGGGGGAGAUCGUUGGUACAGGGGCGGGUUGUAGAGAAAGGAAGAAGCAGGGGAUGGGUGAGGUUGAUGAGCAUCCCGACAAGGCCGAAGAAGAAGAGAGCCAAGCACCAUAGCUUGGAGUUCCUGAGGAGAGGGGCGAUGAUGAAGCUAUUCUUCCUUGACGAUGAUGCCUUCUUGGGGGAAUGGAGGAGAGACUGCAAGGAGGAUGAAGAGAGGGAGUUGAUUAUCUGGGAAGGAACAGAGAUGUAUGCCACUUUCUUGGCCUUCUCUUUGAGCUUCUUUGCCAUCAGGUUCCGUCGGAGAAAAUAGGCACAGACUUAUUCUUUCUUCUUCCCUGCGGAUUGGCGGAAGUCUACUUUUGUUGUGGGAAUGGGCGGCGGGAAGGAACGCGGAGAGAAAGUAGGCGAGGAAAGAAAGAAAGGAAGGAAGGAAGGAAGACGGGUCAGAGUCAGAGAGAGAGAGAGAGAGAGAGAGAGCGGAAUGGGGAAUGGUAUGGGCGAGAGCUGCCUGCCUCUGCCCGCCUGCUUUUAUUUUUAAAAACGAUGUGCGAUCAUUUACUUCUACUUCAUAAUUAAUAAUGUAAGUGGGAUUUAAUUUUCUUUAAUUAUUAGAGCAAUUAAUUAAAAUGGGCAGACUGUAUUGGACC